UUUUAGUGAUUUUGAUGGUUUCAUCCAAUAAUCCACAAAAAGCUUUUUCAUUACACCUAAACACCCUAGAUGCAUAAAAUCAUGUACAAAGUCCUUUAUCAUGUUAACUGGAGGUUGUAUACGUGUCAAGGGAGAUACACUGUGAUGAUGUUCUGGUUGUUCUUGUAAUCUAAACGAAUUAUCACUUCUGUUCACAUUAUCUUCUACGCCAUACAGAAGGCGAUUACUUUGUCUAUAACCCAUUACAGUACAUCUCUCACAGGCGUAAUACCCUGUGUGUCCUUUUAUGCACUUUAAAAAAGCUCUUGCAGGUCUAUCGCAAAUAAAGCACAUGACUUCAACAUUGAAUUUCUGACCACUUAUUUCAAUUCCAUUUUUUAAGAGUGAAUUCAAUUCUUCAAUAAACUUCUGCAAAUAAGUAUCUACAUUAGAAGGUUUACCCUUUCCACUGUGAACGGCUAUUAUGAAUGGCUCAUAAAUUACUACUUUAUCAUAAAUCCUCCCCAAUAGUGGCCAAAAUUCAUGAUUGCUUGAUUUAAAAAGUGGUAAGCCAUCUGAACUAAACUGCAAGAUAAUUUUUUUGUCUUUGUGUAAUUUAACAUCUAUAGUUCUUCUAAGGUUUGUAGCAAUACCUAUGUAAACAAAUUUGGCUUCAUCUUCCGGAUCAUUUUCUUUAAAAUUCUUAAUUUCAAAUAGUUUUUUUUUGACCUGUUUUUAAAAAUGUUUUUGCACAUGCAGGAAGUUCAGAAUGAUACGGUUUCAAUGUUUUCAAUAAAGCAUCUAGAUGAGUAUUAGGUAUGGUAAACGUAAAAAACCAUUUCUUCAAGUCUUUUACAAAAUCUGUCUCAAUAAAUUGUUCAGCAGCAUCUGAAUAAUCCUCAUCACUAUUACCUGAAUCAGUCUCUUCAUCCGAUGAAAAUCUUCUAAGAUUCGCCUCUUCUACUAAUUCAUCAUUAUUAUACUUCCUUGCUAUAACAGGCGCAUCUGUAUCUGAUACUUUAUUCUUAACAAUGUUUUCUAUGUCUUCACCUUCCUGAACUUGCUCUACUAGAAUUUUACUACUCUACAUGCAAAAUCUUUUUUGACACUACUGCAUUAUCUGAAGCUUCUUUUUCAAGCAUGUCUUUUUUCAACUUUUGCUACAUUCGAUAAUUGCGAAUUCUCAACUUGUUUCGUUCACUCAUUUUUUCACAUACAACAAAUUAUUUCAGAGUUAACACACAAAAUAUAUUUCCUAACAAAACCAAAGCUAUUGUAAUCACAUAUAGGUUAGGACUACUUUUAUAUUCUCAUAAGAUUUACGUUACUUCAGGUGUCCUCUACUGUACCCUUAAGAUUACAUUAAACCUAUAAAUUGUAUCGUAGGAGUCUGCUACAGUUUACAUGUUUUCUAAAUCUAGGCAAGCAAAUCCGGGUCGGGUUAGCGCAUCAUUACAAGCUUGAUCAGGAGCCUGAAGUUUCCCCUGAUCAGGACCGGAUUUCAAGUACGGCUUGCCGUACCCAAUUUCCACUCGGGUAAGAGCGUAUGCGUGCGUAUGCAUGCGUACGCGUGCGGUGAAGUUACUAGAAACAUAUAGUGACUUUUCAUAGAGCCAACUAUCAAAAUUCAUUUUCGUAGGUGACUAAAACUAGUUAUAGAAAACGAAUGCGCCACAACAAUCGUAUAACCUCAACCUUCUAACAUAGUCUGCCUCAUGGUCUCCAGUAUUUUGUUUGCUCUUUGAGAAGAACAUCAAUUCUUUUGCAGCGGAGUUAUUAAUACAAAACGUAAUUGUCAGAAAGCAGCGAAAAAUAUAUAUUUGAUUAUAUUUACAAAAUAAGUUUGGUGUAAUUUUUCAACGUAAGUUAAAAAAAAACAUUAGUAUAGUUAUUAGUUAUCUAUAAGGGGAUGUCGGAGCAAAAAACACUGGUUUUCAUUUACGCUUAAUUUUUUAAAUAAAGCUUGCAAUAAAAACCAACGAACUGCACGUCGUUAUUAUUAUUAUUACCUUCAAUGUCUAUGUCGUCAAGAGAUGGAUAAUGAAAAUUAUGCUGAAAUUGGAUUACUGCUGGUGGAGCUAACUCAAGUAUUCAUCGAGUUAGAGGAAUACCUUGAUAGAAAGAGAAAGAAAUUCAGGAGAUGGUGGAGCAAGCCGUUAAUUCGCCAAAACUAUUUGAGUGGAUAUGGUGGUUAUGCUAUGGUAUUUCGGUAUUUCCAACUAAAUGAUGAGGAGCAGUUCAUACAUUUUACUAGGAUGAAUGUACAGACAUAUAAUUAUGUCUAUGAUCUUAUUAGAGAUAGAUUAGUAAAAAGAUCUCGCAGAACGCAUUUGCCACCUGAGUUGAGAUUCAGUUUAACUUUAAACUAUUUGGCGCAUGCUGAUUCUAUUAGGAAACAAGAAUAUUUUUAUAGUAUUGGUUUAUCUACAGUCAAACAAAUUAUACCUGAAGUAUGUGCUGUGUUGUGUGAAGUUCUCGUGCCACUAUUCCUGCAAUUUCCUUCAACUCAACAAUUUGAAGUAAUAGCAAGCGAUUUUAUGCAAGAUUUGUACUUUCCAAACUGCAUAGGAGCUAUUGAUGGAAGACACUGCAGAAUCGACAAACCUCCUGGUAGCGGCAGUUUAUUUUUCAAUUAUAAACAUUUUUACAGCAUUGUUUUAAUGGCAUCCUGUGAUUCCAAACAACGUUUCACCUGGGCAACUGUUGGAGAUUAUGGAUCUUGCAAUGACGCUGGCAUAUUUGCUGAGAGCGAUUUAGGACAAGCUUUAUCGCAAAAUCAAAUCCAGCUACCACCUUCACAACUACCGCCAAAUUCAGAAGUACGGAGUCCCUACGUAUUAAUUGGAGAUGGAGGCUUUCCGUUAAAACCGUAUCUAAUGAAGCCUUUUUUAAGAAACAACAAUCUACCUAUGCCACACAGAGUUUUUAACUACAGACUAACUACAGGCAACAAUAGAAAUAAUUAUUUUUAGCACACUAUGUCUUCAUAAUCUGUUAAAAGAUUUUGAAUAUAACGAUGUAGAAAAUAGAUGGUAUAAUAACCAUGUAAUCGUACCCAUUGAUGAAGACAAUAUUUAUAGAGUUCCCCUGGGAGAACAUAGAGUACGCGACAUCCUAUGUAACUACUUUAUUUCUCCAGCUGGAUCUGUCCCGUGGCAGGGGGCAAGAAUGUAAACAUUGCUUUUAAUUACUGUAAAUGUAUUGUAAUAAAAUAAAAGGUAUGACAAUGUAUAAAUAAAAUUUUGUAUGAAAUUGUUA